AUGUUACACUCUCGUUUACUCAGGCUCUCCACAAUUGCAGUUGCGCAAAGAGCUGCUCUUCAAACCAAUCGUCUAGUUUAUAAAAAUCGACUCGCUAUUUCCUCAUUGCCUGCUUGUCAAAGGUUUUUUACUACUUCUGAUCGUGUGCCUGAGACACAUGUUAGAUCCUUUGGCCAGCCUACACCAACAACCCACCCCAACAUUAUGAAGAAGGGCGAAGUGACACCUGGCUUAUCUGCUAGCGAAUUUGAAACCAGACGCUCCAAUCUCAUCAAGUCGUUGCCUGAAGGAAGUACAGUUGUCAGCGUGGGAUACAGCACUCGAUAUAUGACCAACAACAUCUUUUACCCAUUUCAUCAAAACACUGACUUUUGGUAUUUGUGUGGAUUCAAUGAGCCUGAUGCCGCCAUGAUUCUAGAAAAGGACGACUCAGAGCGCGGAUACAAGCAAACCAUGUUUGUUCUGCCAAAGAGUGCCAGUGCGGAAUUAUGGGAUGGACCUCGAACGGGUGUUGAAGGAGUCAAGGAACUAUUCGGAGCAGACGAAGCUUAUGACAAUGCUAAAUUUUCAUCCUAUUUCAAGAAGGUUUUAAGCUCAUCCAAGCACAUUUUCAUGGACAGCCCUGGUACAAUGCCUUCUCUCAUCACAGCGGAUAGCACCAAGAAGCUGAUUGAAACUGGCUUGAAAUUACAAACCAUCUUGCCGCUGAGUAAGAUUAUUCAAGAGCUUCGCAUGAUCAAGAGUCCAAGUGAAAUUGAGAUUAUGAAGAAGUCAGGCAUGAUUAGCUCCAAGGCAUUCAUCGAGGCAAUGAAGUGGACAGAGCCAGGCACUACAGAGGGGCAAUUGUGGGCCAAGUUUGACUUUGAGACAAGAGUGCGAGGAUCUACUAUUCUAGCGUAUGUACCUGUAAUUGCUGGUGGACCCAAUGCACUCUCUAUGCACUAUGUUCGCAAUGAUAUGGAGUUAAAGAACGGAGAUUUGGUUCUAGUAGAUUGUGGAGGAGAGUACAAUGGAUAUGCUAGUGAUAUUACCCGUACAUGGCCUGUCAAUGGCAAAUUCAGCGAUGCCCAAAAGGAGUUAUACCAGGCAGUCUUAAAUGUCAAUAAGGCGUGUAUCAAAAUGUGCACAGAAUCAAACAGCAUCUCAUUGCACGGCAUUCACUCACAUUCAGUCAAGCUGAUGAAGCAGGAAUUGCAGAACAUUGGAUUCAAUGUCAAUACGUGGGAUCUCGAGCGCAUUCUUUACCCUCACCAUGUGGGCCACUACUUGGGUCUGGAUGUUCACGACUUGCACGAUUUAGAUAGAUCUCGCAAAUUGAAAAAGAACAUGGUGGUUACAAUCGAGCCCGGAAUCUAUGUGCCAUUUGAUGAUAAAUUUCCUAGUAAAUACCAAGGCAUUGGUAUCCGUAUUGAAGACAAUGUUGUCGUUGGAAAAGACGAACCGUAUGUUCUCACUGCCACUUCACCUAAAGAAAUUGUAGAUAUAGAAUUUUGCUGUAAAAAUCAUUAA